UACAAAAAGAGUUUAAUUUUCCAAGCAGCUUGCAGGCUUCCUUGUUCCAUUAGAGCAGCUCGUUGUCUGGGGCUGGCUGGAGAAGGCAGAAAGAAGAGCAAUCAAAUAUGUCCUACAAAAGGAUGCAGACAUGAGCCUGGCCAAAUACAGCACUGUCAAAAGCUUGUAAGAAUUCUCAUCAGGGUCACUUGGGUGCCUGCUUUCCUCUUGACAGGGAGGAAAGCUUGUGUUGAGAAGCACACCUUGGUUGCAAGAGCGUUUGUACCUUGUGGGAAUAGUGUCAGGUUAACGCCUCCUGUGCACCCUCAGAUCCAUGGGGCGUCAGUGUGGUCAAAACCCUGGCCUUGUCAAGGGCGUUUGCAAAACUUUUGCACUGUUUAGUGAAAUCUCAGUUUACCUGCUGGCCACUUGUGUGCUUUGUGGCCAUGGUAAGGAAAAACUGGUGACAGAGCAGGCUUCCCUGCCACGCUGUUGAUUCACACGUUUGCGUGCAUCUCGCUCUGCCCAGCUGAUGUCAAUGCCAGGUCCAUUCAACAGAAGCUGGAAGAAAGAUGGAAUGACUUCUCUCUGUAUGCGCUUCCAACUUCUCCCACCUUCAUUUAACUUGAAAUUCAAGUGGGAACCUUGUUCUUUUAAGGCAGUUUAUUUUCCAGCCAACAUCAAGGAUUUCAUGACUGUGAAAGGGAAGAAAGAUGGGGUGUUUGUUUGCUUCCAGAUGUGUCCUCCAAGCUUAGUGUGAGUGUCUAUUCUUAGGUUUCCCAGCUGCAGGAGAAGGUGGGGGUCUGACAGGAUUUCCAUCUGCAGUGGCCCGUGGCUGGCAGAAUGGUUCCAUGCUGGUGCCUUGCCUGGUUGUUAAAGCUGUGGCCUAGAGCUCUGCUGCUUCACCUCUUCCCCCAAGUGUCUGUGCUCCUGUUGCCCUAAGCGGGGUGGUUCACAAGACUUCACACAAUUCUCCUGUUGCCUCCUCAUGCCCAGCGAGAAAUCAUUCUGUUCUCUCCGGAGUGUGAGAUGCUGCAAAUGAAUGUCACACCCUGAAAUGUAAAUGUUUUCCAUGCUAUAUCCACCUGUUUGAGAUUGUUUACUUCUGCAGAUGGAAUCUUGUUAUCUUUCCAACUAGAGCUGUCUUUUCAGGGCUUUUUCUUGCCUGCCUUUUCUUUCCUUCCCCUUUCCACAAAAGCUGCCAUUCAUGUCAGGCCCAUUUGCUUGUGUAAAGGCAGGGUUCCUAGGGCACUUGUAUUCUUAAAAUGGGAGUAAACAGCCCAGAGCCUGGAGCAGUGGCCUGGUCUGUCAUGCUCCUGGCCAGAUCUGGAGUUAAGAGCUGAGCUGAAAGGCAGCAUCACUGCUGGGGGAAGGGCAAAGUGCAUCUCUUGGUUCUGCCAUUCUCAGUUUCGUGCAAUCCCCAUGUUUGCCUGCUUUAUGUUUAGGAGCACUGCAAUGACUCCCAGUUGUGCAGUCCAGGCUCUGAGUCCCUGGAGAUCUUGAGCCCUGCUUUAGGCCUGUCCUCGUGCAGAUGGUGAAUAUCUGUUUGUUCUCUUCCAGAGAAGCUGACGCAAACGGAGGCUUUGGAAUGGAACCGACUCACAACCAGAUCAGUGACAAGAGCUGCAACAACAACAGAGAUUUGCUCCGCUUCCUGGAGCAAGAGAGGCGAAGGAGGCAGGUGGCUCCAGAGGAGAAAGAUCCAUUCCUGGGGAAGACUCCUCUCUUUGCCAGACCCUACAAGACCUAUAAAGAAGAUGAGCUGUCAAGGCGCAUUAAGAACCUGCUGGGCGAUCAGGACUCCAAGGUGCUCCUGAGCCACGAGUCCCCUCUGAAUCCCAUCUGGAUUCCAAACAAGCCCAAAGCCCAGUCACAAAGCCACAGUCAUAGGCCGGCCUCCAGGAAGACAAACCUUUCACAUGAGGACAGAUGGAGGGAAUGCUCAACACAAUCACUGGAGCACACACCAAAUCCUGAGAGGAACUAUGACAGCCAUGACAGUCUCUCAGAUCGAGGGUCAGAGGGCAAAGCUCCACAAUGCAAAAUCCUGCCUGAGCCUGUCAAGAAAGAGCAGCCCACUGAUGUGCCAUCUACUGAAAAAACUUUGAAGCCCAUCGUGCACAUUUAUGUACAGUCCAUUGAAGGAAUAUUGAAGGAAAUGAGCAGCUGCCUGCCACCUCUCCUGCCACCUCUGCAGUCACCUGCUAGAACAGAGACUUGCAAAUUUCCAUUGCAGGCAGAGGAAAAGAAGCCCAUUGAUGUGCCAUCAAUUGAAGAAAUUUUGAGAGAAAUGAGCAGCUCACUGCCACCUCUCCUGUCACCUCUUCAGACGCCUACAAGAGCAGAGACGUGCAGACUUCCAUUGGCAGGAAAGGAAUCCCAACCUGAUGGAUCUGCAGCACAGAAACAGAAUAAAGAGAAAUGCAAAGGAAACCCAGUUCUUUCUGUGCUGACAGAGCAGGCAGGCAGAGCGUCAGGAAGGUUGCCGAGUUCUCAGCCAAGAACAUCUGGCCACCGGCCUUGGGAUUUGCACAAGGAGAAGGUGCCCUUGUCUCCUGGAGAGAAGUUGCUCUCACCUUCAAGGAAGCCAGACUUGAAGAGGAGAGCCAUGAGGAGUUCAGAGGAGUCCCCUGGAGAGAGGAAGGUGAGAGGGGCAGGGGGACGUGGGUUUGGACAAUGACCAAGGUGGUGUUUGAAAAACCCAAGUGGAGUUUCCACUUCAUACGUUGGCACUAGAGCCAUGAUUGAUCUCCUGUAAGGGUGUUAUCAAACCUGUAAGGGGAAUGUUCCCACAGCU